AUACAGGUACAGUCGCCAUUUUGAAUAGUCCGACGGUUCGAGCUGUCAUGGCCGCGCUGUGGCUGGACGAGUAGCGAGCCGCCGGUGUGUGUGUCGCGUCACAGUGCAGCAGUGGAGUCCGUUGAAUGCAGCGGAGAUGGGUGACCACCUCGGUGAUGGGCCUCCCAGCAAACGGUCCAAGUUUGGAGACGGCUUCGGCUCCUCGGGCCUGGAGCCGAGCGGCAGCAACGACAUGGGCGUGUCGCUGGACUUCUCCUCGCUCGAGUUCUCGCUGCCGGACGAGCUGGAGACGGCCGGCGCCAAGCUGCCGGGCGCGCCGCAGUACGGCGCCGCGCCCACGGCAGUGUCCGUGUCGGCCGGCGGCCCGAUGGUCAACGGUGCGCUCGAUUCGGGCCACAUGCAACACAUGAUGGCCGGCAAGCAGCAGCAGCUGGUCGGCGGUCUGGGCGGGCCCGGGCGGCCGGCCGGCGGCAUGGCCAAGGGUCUGCUGGCGCGACCCAUGGACGCGCCCGGCAUGCAGCAGCUCAACAGCGUGCACGGCCGCCUGCCGCUGUCGAGCGCGGCCGGCCUGCCGCCGCAGCCGGCCGGCGCCGUCAGCCUGCAGGCCAGCGUGGCCGGCGGCGUGCGCCAGGCCGGCGGCGUGUGGACGGGCCGGCCGGCGGCGCCGCAGCACAUCACCAACGGCCAGCCGGCCGGCGUGACGCCGCAGCUGCAGCACCAGCUGAUGCAGCGACAGAUGGCGCCGCAGACGGGUGCGCUUCCUCAGAUGCAGGGUACUGUGAACCAGAUGGGCGGCCAGCAGCUGCCGCCCCAGCACAGCUUUAAUUUCGCCGGCCAGCAGCAGCAGCAGCAGCGGCUGCUCGGUCCCUCGGUGUCGGUCAGUAACGGCACGGCCGGCGGCGUGCAGCAGCAGCAGCAGCAGCAACCGCCCGGUGCUCGCGCUCCCUCGUCCACUGGUGAUCCCGAGAAGCGCAAGUUGAUUCAGCAGCAGCUGGUACUACUGCUGCACGCGCACAAGUGCCAACGCCGCGAGCAGACGGGCGGAGACCAUCCUGAGUGCAAGCUGCCCCACUGUCAGACGAUGAAGGACGUGCUCAACCACAUGACCUCGUGCCAGGCCGGCAAGGCGUGUCGCAUGCCGCACUGCGCCUCGUCCCGACAGAUCAUCACCCACUGGAAGACGUGCCACCGGCCCGACUGUCCCGUCUGUCUGCCGCUGAAGCAGGCGGAGAACCGGCGCGGUCAGCAGCCUCGGCCGCCGGGCGCGCCGCCGGCCCCGGCCACCGCCGCCGCCGCCGGACCCAAGCCGCGCCAGCUGCCCGGCUCGCCGGCGGCGCUGGGGGCCGAGCCGGUGGCCUCGGCGGCCGGCGUGGGGCCGGCGCAGCCGCCGCCGGGCGCCGCCGCACCCUCCGGCGGCCUGCAGAUCAACAGGAACGACCUGCCGAGCUGGGCGACCGACCACGGCUCGGACAACGCCACCACCGCGGGUAAUGCCGACUUCCGCGCCAUGCUGGACCCGGUGAAGGCGGCGCCUGUGCACAACACCAAGGAGUGGCACAUGCAAGUGACGCCCGACCUGCGCACCCACCUCGUCAGAAAACUUGUCCAGGCCAUCUUCCCGACGCCGGACCCGAGCGCAAUCCUGGACAAGCGCAUGCACAACCUGGUGGCCUACGCCAAAAAGGUGGAGGGCGACAUGUACGAGAUGGCCAACUCGCGCUCCGAGUACUACCACCUGCUCGCCGAGAAGAUCUACAAGAUCCAGAAGGAGCUGGAGGAGAAGCGCCAGCAGCGCCAGGCGGGCGCCGCCAAGGUGUCUCCGGGCGCGGCCGGCCAGCUGCAGCGGCCCAUGGCGCCGGGCCAGCCGCCGCCGCAGCCGGCCGGGCUGCGCCAGCCGGGCCUGCUCGGCGCGCCGCAGCCCACCACCUCGCUGGCGCAGCUGGCCACCUCGCUGGGCCAGCCGCCGACGUCGCUGGUGCAGCAGCCCGUCACCUCGAUGGCCCAGCUGCCCACCUCCAUGCCACAGACGUCGAUGGCGCAGCUGCCCGGCUACAGCGGCGCCAUGCCGGCGGUAUCGGACCCCUCCCAGCAGCUGCCGCAGCAGACGAUGCCGCCGCCCCAGCAGCAGCAGCAGCAGCAGCAGCCGGCGGCGGCGCAGCAGCAGCAGCUGGCCUCGCCGGCGUACCUGCAGAAGCAGCAGUUCACCAACGGCCUGCCGCCGGCGGUGUCGGCGGCCGGGCCGGGCGGCGAGCUGCGCACCUCUCUGCCGUCCGUCUCGGUGCCGGGCGCCGCGCCGGGCUCCGAGUCGUCCACCGGGCAGAUGACCGGCCAGCCGCUCUUCACCAGCUCAACCAUCAAACAGGAACAGGAGAACUCUGCAUUCGACAACCUAUUGCGGGACUCGACUCCGGUGCAGUCUCAGUCGCAGCCGCCGCAGCCCACGCCGACCCCUCCGGCCACGGCCGGGCCGCAGGCGCCACCUCCCGCGCCGCCGCUGGCUGAGGUCAAGAUGGAGACAGACACGGCGGAGAGCGGCGGCGCGGCGCCGCAGGGAACGCCCGGCCCGGCGCCCCCGGCUGGCCCACAGCCCCAUGUCGCCGGAGUCAAGGCGGAGCCGGCGGAGGUCAAAACAGAGCCCAUGGACGAGAGCAGCUGGGACGGCGCUGUCGUCAAAUCCGAGCCUGGCACGGUGAAGGAGGAGCGCUCCAGCCCGCCGGCGGCCGCCACGCCCUCCACGCCUGCCGAGUCGGCCUCGGCCUCCGGCUCGGCGGCCAACACGCCGGCACCCACCCCCGGCGGGUCCACGCCCAAGACCGAGAAGAAGGUGCACAGACAACUGUUCUCUCCGGACGAGUUGCGGCACGCGCUGAUGCCCACUCUGGAGAAGCUGUACCGCCAGGAGCCCGAGUCGAUGCCUUUCCGACAGCCGGUGGACCCGGGCGCGCUCGGCAUCCCCGACUACUUCGACAUCAUCAGGAAGCCCAUGGACCUGUCAACCAUCAAGAAGAAGCUGGACACGGGGGCCUUCAAGGAUCCGUGGGAGUACGUCGAGGAUGUGUGGCUCAUGUUUGAUAACGCCUGGAUCUACAACAGGAAGACGUCAAAGGUGUACAAGUUCGCUUCCAAGCUCUCGGAGGUGUUUGAGCAGGAGAUGGACCCGGUGAUGCAGCAGCUCGGCUACUGCUGCGGCAGAAAGUACACCUUCCAGCCGCAGACGCUCUGCUGCUUCGGCUCCAACUCGCUCUGCAGCAUCCCCCGCGACGCCAAGUACUUCAGCUACCAGAACCGCAUCACCUACUGCGUCAAGUGCUUCAACGAGAUCGAGGGUGACACGGUCAGCAUCGGCGAGGGCGAGCCGACCCAGCAGAACAUGACCAUCAAGAAGGACGCGUUCGUGGAGCUGAAGAACGACAAGUUUGAGAUGGAGGCUAUGGCCGAGUGUACCGACUGCGGCCGAAAGCUGCACCAGAUCUGCGUGCUCCACAUGGACAGCAUCUGGCCGCAGGGCUUCACCUGUGAUAAUUGCCUUAAAGCGAAGGGAAUGAAGCGGAAGGAGAACCGCUUCAAUGCCAAGCGUCUGCCGGCCACCAAGCUGGGCACCUACAUCGAGAACCGAGUCAACAACUACCUGAAGAAGAAGGAGUCGGGCGCCGGCGAGGUGUUCAUCCGCGUCGUCUCGAGCAGCGACAAAAUCUGCGAGGUCAAGCCGGGCAUGAAGGCUAGGUUCUGUGACGCCGGCGAGAUGCCGGCCAAGUUUCCGUACCGCGCCAAGGCGCUGUUUGCCUUCGAGGAGGUGGAUGGCCACGAGGUGUGCUUCUUCGGGAUGCACGUGCAGGAGUACGGCUCGGACAGCCCGCAGCCGAACCGGCGCCGCGUGUACAUCGCCUACCUGGACUCGGUGCACUUCUUCCGGCCGCGCCAGUUCAGGACAUCUGUGUACCAUGAGAUCCUGCUGGCGUAUCUGGAUUACGUCAAACAGCUCGGGUACACGAUGGCGCACAUCUGGGCGUGUCCGCCGUGCGAGGGAGAUGACUACAUCUUCCACUGCCAUCCGGCCGACCAGAAGAUCCCCAAGCCCAAGCGGUUACAGGAGUGGUACAAGAAGAUGCUGGACAAGGGCAUCAUUGACCGCAUCGUCAUGGACUACAAGGACAUCCUGAAGCAGGCGGCCGAGGACUCGAUCCGCACGCCGGCUGAACUGCCCUACUUCGAGGGCGACUUUUGGCCCGGCAUCCUGGAGGAGAGCAUCCGUGAGCUCGACCAGGAGGAGGAGGAGAAGCGAAAACAGCUGGAGGCGGAGGAGGCGCGCGCUGCCGCCGCUGCUGAGACCGAGAUCGAGAGCCCCGCGCCCGACGGCAAGAAAAAGGGAGCCAUCAAGAAGCAGAACAAGAAAAACACCAAGUCGAAGACCUCCAGCAAGAACAAGUCGAAAAAGUCCAAUCAGAGCGGCAACGAUCUCUCGACCAAGGUGUUCGCUCUGAUGGAGAAGCACAAAGAGGUGUUUUUCGUGGUGCGCCUGCACUCUGCGCAGUCGGCGGCCAGCCUGCAGCCGAUCCAGGACCCCGACCCGCACAUCCCCUGUGAGCUGAUGGAUGGUCGCGACAACUUCCUGAGCAUGGCGCGCGAGAAGCACCUCGAGUUCUCCUCGGAGCGGCGCGCGCUGGCCGCCACGCAGCACAUGCUGUAUGAGCUGCACAACCAGAACCAGGAGACGGUCGUCUACACGUGCAAUACCUGCAAGAAUAAUAUCGAUACGCGCUACCACUGCACCGUCUGUGAUGAUUUCGACCUUUGCGCCACUUGUUACGAGAAGGAGCGGCACCCGCACAAGAUGGAGAAGCUCGGCUUCGACCUGGACGGCGAGACGUCGGACCGGGCCGGCCAGACGGCAUCCGACCUGCGCCGCCAGUCGCUCGAGCGCUGCAUCAAGUCGCUGGUGCACUCGUGCCAGUGCCGCGACGCCAACUGCCGCCAGCAGAGCUGUCAGAAGAUGAAGCGCGUCGUCUCGCACACCAAGAGCUGUCGCAAGAAGGUCAACGGCGGGUGCCCCAUCUGCAAACAGCUUGUGGCGGUGUGCUGCUACCACGCCAAGUGCUGCAAAGAGGACAAGUGCAUGGUGCCCUUCUGCGGCAGCAUCAAGUCGCGGCUGGCGCAGCAGCAGAUGCAGGCGCAGUUGCAGCAGAAGGCGCUCCUCCACCGGCGUAUGGCCAUGAUGCGAUCGUCGAGCGGCGGCAGUAUGGCUGCCUCCGUGCAGGCGGCCGCGGCCGGCGCCGCCGCCGCCGCUGCCUCCUCGUCCGCCGCGCCGUCGGCCACCGUGUCGCAGCCGGCGGCGCCGCCGCAGCAGCAGCAGCGGCCGCUGCCUGGCGGGCCGGGCGUCCCGCCGGCGACGGCGGCCGGCCAGCCGGGCGGACAGGGACCGCCUGCCAACGUGCUCAUGGCCGUCAAACGGGUGCAGGAGGCCGCCGCCCGACAGCACGCCAACCAGCCGGCCGUCGGGUACGGCAAGAACAACCCUCCCGUCGGCGGCAUGACACCGCAGCAGCCGUCGCAGCAGCAGAUGCAGCCGCAGCAGAUGCAGAUGCAGCAGCAAAUGCAGCAGCAGCAGCAGCAACAGCAGCGGAUGCCCAUGCAGCAGCCAAUGGCCAGUCAGGCUGCGCGCAUGCAACUGCCGGCAAUGAACGAUUGGGGCAACAGGUUGGCGGGGCCGGGCGCGGCCGGGGCCUCGCCGGGCGUGUCGGUGCCGGGCGCCGGGCCGGCGCUACAGCAGCCCGCUCCCGUGGCCACGGCCGGCGCCGCGGGUCUGCUGCGCGGCGCCGGCGGCCAGCAGGGCACGCCGCGAAACAACAUACCCGGCCUGCAGGAGCUGCUGCACAGCCUCAAAAACCCGACCGGGCCGCAGGCGCACCAGAACGUGCUGCAGAUCCUCAAGUCACACCCGCAGCUGAUGGCCCAGGUGAUCAAGAUGCAGCACCAGAAGCAGCAGAACCAGCAGCAGCGGCAGAUGGCCCAGCAGCAGCAGCAGCAGCAGCAGGUGCCUGACGGCCAGCAGCCGAUGCAGAUGCAGCCGGGAGUGAUGCAGCCGCCGGUCCAGCAGCAGCAACAGCAGCAGCAGCAGCUCCAGCAGCAGCGGAUGCCGACCGGCGGCAUGGUGGUGCAGAACCAGAUGCAGCCGGGCCAGAUGACCCAGCAGCAGGCGUGGGCCAAGCAGCAGCAGCUGAUUGCCAUGCACCGCCAGCAACAGCAACAGCAGGCGCAGCAGCAACAGCAGCAGCAGCAGCAGCACGGCUUCCAGCAACCGCAGGCGAUGCAGUACGGACAGCGGCCGCGCAUGGGCAUGGGAAUGCAGCCGCAGCAGCACUUCCAGCAGGACGGCAGCCAGUUCGGCGGCCAGUUCACGCAGCAGCAGCAGCAGCAGCAGAUGCUGAUGCAGCGGCAGCAGCAGUCGGCCUCGCCGCACCAGUCGCUGAUGGGCCUCCCGGGCGGCAUGGCGCCGUCGCCACAGCAGAUGCUGCAGCAGGUGGUGUCGCCGCCGCCCGGCUCGGCCGGCCUGCCGGUACGCUCGCCGCAGCCGCUCAGCUCUCCGCGUCAGACGCUGGGCGGCUACCACGCGCCGUCACCGCACCGGCCCGCCUCGCACUCACCGCACCCGGCCGCCGCCGGACACGGCAUGGCCGGCGCGCCCGAGCUGGGCACCAACGAGAUGCUGCUCUCGCAGCUGACGGGCGUGUCGGCGGCGGGCCACGGCGGACUCCAGCUGCCCGGCCACCCGGGACAGCACCCGGCCGGCGCCGGCGCCGACAACGCCGACAAGCUCUCAAAGUUCGCCGACACGUUGUAGCGCCGGCCGGCCCGCCGCCCACCCUAGCCGGUGUCCGUGAGUGUGCGUGUGAUAUUUGUACUGUGGGGCGGCCGGCCUGCAUGUGGUGGCCGUGGCCGCUCGAGCGCCCCGGCGGACGGCCCGCCGGCAAGGGCGGGCCCGUGGACCAGGGGGCCUCGGAGGGACACGGGCCGCGGCGCCCGCUUGCCAAUGUUGCGCCCGCUGUGCCGCGCAUCGCAUUGAACUGUACAUAGCGCAUUGUCCAGAUUUUAUUUCACAUGUGCAUCACGUUUGUGUUGAUUUGUGUACAGAUGGUACAGUCUCUUCUCUUUUUUACUAUUUAUCAUAGCUGCUGGUGUAGACAGUGUUGCAGAUAGACUGGCCCGGUGGAAACCGAAUACUGAACUGCUGCAGCGCCCGGGCGUCUUAGAAUGUGACAUUCCACCGAACUUUCUCCUAUCUUAGAGGGGCAGUGAAGGGAGGGAGAGCGACGCGCGUCGGCUGCUGUUGCGUCGCCGCGGUUGUUAUGUUGUGCUGAGGCAACCCGACUUGAACCUGUACAGUACGUGCUGCUUGUAAAGAAAACGAGAAAACCAUUUUCGCGUCCUUUUUUACCGGGGGUAAUCAGUACAAAAAUGGUCAUUGCCCUAGUUGUUAGCACAUUGUAAGAUGAUCAUUGUAAUAAAAUCUCAACAAUUAUUGGAUUUGGUGCGAUCGCAGUUUUCACCUAGUCUGCUGGGUCAAUUGCCAAUUUAUUUCAAAUGAGAGUUCGACUGAAUGUGUUAAAAUGGCACUGACUUGCGAUUUGUUCUGAUAUGUUGAUUGUUGAACAAAAUCAACUGCAUAGGGAUUGUCCUGGCGAGGAAUCGUUUCUGUGCGAGACCUAAACUGAUUAGUUUUGAGUGCUCGUGAAAGGCGUUACUGUUUUUUAUUCAAAAGAACGGGAGUUUUAACAUGUGUAAUAACUGCAAGUGUGAGAUGUUUAGGAAUGUACGGAGAGUACGUUGAGCUAACUGGUCAAAGUAUGGCUGCAUUCAGCUCGAAUGGAAAAUAAAAUGUUUUGUGAAAUAUCCUGA